CCAAACAAUGCCAUUCAGGCCUGAGUUUAUCUUACUUCUCUUUCAAUCGUGAAAUCUCAAAGAGAGGGAUAGAGAGAGAAGAAGGGGAAGCACAGUUCGGCGUGUAUUAUUACCAGGGUUUUCUUUGAUGGAUGCUAAGGGGAGACAAAAUGGACCUGAAAAUGUGGAUGGUACACACAAAGACAAUGUGAGUACCUCUGUUGAGAUAAAAGUUUUGUUCUUUGCUCGGGCGAGAGAUUUAACCGGCUUGACCGAUAUGCAAUUAGGGGUGUCAUCUGGUAGUACUGCCCGUGAUUGCUUGAACAAGCUCAUUGCAAGGUUUCCGAGCUUGAAAGAGAUUUGCGAAUGCAUGGUCCUGGCUCUGAAUGAAGAAUACACAUCUGAAUCUGCAGUUGUUAAAGAUGGAGAUGAACUGGCCAUCAUACCUCCUAUAAGUGGAGGCUAGAUGUUUUGUUCUAUAGAUACUCCAAAUAUGCAGAGCUUCAAAUGUAGUGUUAUGGACUUAUAGACUAUGCCAAGCUCUGUAAUGUGACGAUCUCGUUUUCAUGGUGAUGAAUACAAAGAUAAUGUAUGGAAUUUUCUGAGUUUCUGAUA